AUGUCAGCCCAGAGGCUGCUUCUACCGCUACUCCUCAUGGUUGGGCUGACCUCGGGGGCCAGCCUGCUGCAGGGGCCCAGAAGCCACUCAGGCGUGUGCCCCAACCAGCUCAGCCCCAACUUGUGGGUGGACGCCCAGAGUACCUGUGAGCGCGAGUGCAUCGGGGACCAGGACUGCCUGGCCACUGAGAAGUGCUGCACCAACGUGUGUGGGCUGCAGAGCUGUGUGGCUGCCCGAUUCCCUGAGGGUGGCCUGGCCACACCUGCACUGGUGGCCUCGUGCGAGGGCUUCUCAUGCCCACAGCAGGGCUCAGACUGCGACAUCUGGGACGGGCAGCCUGUGUGCCGCUGCCGUGACCGUUGUGAGAAGGAACCCAGCUUCACCUGUGCCUCGGAUGGCCUCACCUACUACAAUCGCUGCUACAUGGACGCGGAGGCCUGCCUGCGGGGCCUCCACCUGCACGUGGUGCCCUGCAAACACAUCCUCACCUGGCCGCCCAGCAGCCCAGGGCCACCUGAGACCACCGCCCGCCCGACACCCGGGGACACCCCGGUGCCACCUGCCCUCUACAGCAACCCUUCCCCACAGGUGGUGUAUGUGGGGGGCACCGCCAGCCUCCACUGCGACGUCAGUGGCCGCCCGCCACCCGCUGUGACCUGGGAGAAGCAGAGUGAGCAGCGGGAGAACCUAAUCAUGCGGCCAGACCAGAUGUAUGGCAAUGUGGUGGUCACCAGCAUUGGGCAGCUGGUGCUUUACAAUGCCCGGCCUGAGGAUGCCGGCCUCUAUACCUGCACUGCACGCAACACUGCUGGCCUGCUGCGGGCUGACUUCCCGCUCUCUGUGGUCCAGCGGGAUCCAGCCAGGGACAGGGCCCCCAGCGCCCCUGCUGAGUGCCUGCCCAAAGCGCAGGCCUGUGCCAGCCCCCCCUCCAGCCAUGUCCUCUGGCACUUUGACCCACAGCGGGGUGGUUGCAUGACCUUCCAAGUUAGCAGCUGUGAUGGAGGCACCCAGGGCUUUGAGACCUACGAGGAGUGCCAGCAAGCCUGUGCCCGCGGACCAGGGGAUAACUGUGUGCUGCCAGCCGUGCAGGGCCCCUGCCAAGGCUGGGAGCCACGCUGGGCCUAUAGCCCACUGCUACAGCAGUGCCACCCCUUCGUGUAUGGUGGCUGUGAAGGCAACAGCAACAACUUCGAGAGCCAAGAGAGCUGUGAGGAUGCCUGCCCUGUGCCGCGCAUGCCGCCCUGCCGGGCCUGCCGCCUCAGGAGCAAGCUGGCGCUGAGCUUGUGCCGCAGUGACUUUGCUAUUGUAGGGCGGCUCACAGAAGUGCUAGAGGAGUCUGAGGCUGGCGGCGGCAGCAUUGCCCGUGUGGCUCUAGACGAUGUGCUCAAGGAUGACAAGAUGGGCCUCAGGUUCUUGGGCACCAAGUACCUGGAGGUGACACUGAGUGGCAUGGACUGGGCCUGCCCCUGCCCCAAUGUGACAGCAGGUGAUGGUCCGCUGGUCAUUAUGGGUGAAGUGCGGGACGGUGUGGCUGUCCUGGAUGCUGGCAGCUAUGUCCGUAUCGCCAGCGAGAAGCGCAUCAAGAAGAUCUCAGAGCUGCUGGAGAAGAGGGCCUGCGAGCUGCUCAACCGCUUCCAGGACUAGCCCCACCUACCUAGAGCACUGCCUGUCCCGGUCCUCCA